AUGGUUCUCCCUCCUCCAAAUGUGACGGGGAAGCUGCACCUCGGUCAUGCCUUGACCGUCACUAUUGAGGACACAUUGUGCAGACAUCACAGAAUUAAAGGAGGCGUAGCUAAAUGGAUCCCGGGUUUUGACCAUGCAGGAAUUGCAACGCAAGUGGUGGUUGAGCAAGAACUUUGGAAGAAGAAAGGCUUGAGACGUGAUCAACUGACUAGGGAAGAGUUCGUCGAACAGUGUCGGGAGUGGAGCGAAAUGAACUCUACUGCAAUUCGUAAACAGCUGAACAUUCUUGGGGCAACUUUAGACUGGAAAAACGCUUACUAUACACUGAACGAAAAGUUCUCGUCAGCUGUCAUUGAAGCGUUCAUCAGGCUUCACGAGGACGGAUUAAUCUAUCGGGACAAAAGGAUAGUAAAUUGGUGUCCCUCCUUACAAAGUUCCAUAUCAGAUCAAGUCGAAGUGGAGUUGAGAGCAUUGAUCAUUUUUCGAGAGGGGGGUGUGGAGCAGUUUGUUUCUGUUGCCACUACUCGUCCAGAAACAAUGUUUGCGGAUGUUGCACUCGCUGUACAUCCAGAAGAUAGUCGGUACUCUCAUCUUGUGGGGAAACUUGUGCGUCACCCUCUUUGUUCCGAUAGGAAACUUCCUAUUGUUGUCGACAAAGCUGUGCAAAUGGACAAAAGGAACCGGUCUGGUGUUUUGAAAAUCACUCCUUGUCACGACGCCCUUGAUUGGGAGAUUGCGUCACGUCAUCGGGAAGAAAUUCUUGGUCAAGAUCCGAAUGCUUUGACAAGAAGUUGUGUUGAUAUCCGUGGCAGACUUAACGAAGAAGCAGACGAGUUUGCUGGUCUUGAUCGCUUCGUUGCAAGAACCAAGGUUAUUGAGAAGCUGGUCUCUUGUGGGCUCUUUGAAGGCACUGUGAAGCACGACGGCCAAAUUAGCCUCUGCAGUCGAACAGGUGGUGCAUUCGUAGAUUUGUAA